AAUUUAUGUAAAACCUGGUUUAACCAUUUUCUGUUCUAAAAAGAAAGAACAAAUUAAAUUCAGUUCAAUAUUUGUACAAGUGGUCAAUUGUUUUACUCAUAAUCCAGAAUGUUUCAUUUACCUGAUUACACACAUAAUGUGUCACUGUGGCUGUCACAGGUAAUGAGUGAUAUUGGUGUGAAUGAGAAGAUGGUGAUUAAGAGAAGAAGAGCUUGCUUACUGCAAGAAGCUAUAGCAGAUACUUCCCUACAACUGGAAGACUGGUAUGUUUCAUUUUAUGAGCUUGGCAGUCAAGUAGAAGCCACAACAACACAAGAACUAAAUUCAGAUUAUGAUCACCUUCUGGUUCAGAAUACUUCAAAUGUGAUUCAGGACUUGAGUGAUUGGGAACUGGGUAAAGCAAACUACCUGAUGAUACAGGAUGAGACUGUAUCACCUGGCUAUUGUCUUCUACAAUGUCUCAGAGAUGAUGCUCCACUUCCACUGGAUAGUAUACCUAAUAAAUUUGGUUACAGGGACAGUUCAGGGCGAAUAUUACUGAGGAACACAGUAUUUAAUGAUGUAGCUGAAACCGGAGACGUAAAACAUGGUCCAGCUUAUACACGACAAGGAAGACCUGGGUAUUCUGAUACUGAUGCAGUUCUUGCUAUACCAUGUAAGACAUGGCCUCGCAUAGCCAGACGGUUUUUAGACCAUCAGGGUGUAGGUGUGUGGCCUCUAGAUGAAAUAAAACUGUAUUGUAGCACUUCUCGAUGUUUUGUUGUUGGUGUUGGAAGUAAGGGAAAUGCAAACGAAGAGCUUGAAUGGAGAAUAUCAACAUCUCUAGCAGAACGCUGUUUGAUGUUUAAUCUUAACAUUACACAAAUUCGCUGUUACAUAUUGAUGAAAAUGAUUUUAAAUACGUACAUUAAACCACAGUUUGAAGAUACUAUUUCAAGUUUUAUAUGUAAAACAAGCAUGUUUCAUUGUAAGCCUAACACACACUAUAACUUUUGGAAAGAGAAUAACCUACUCUUCUGUCUCACAUUGUGUUUAAUAGCAUUGUAUAACUGUAUUUUAUAUGAGAACUGUCCAUACUUUAUCAUUAAUGAAAAUAACUUGAUGGCAGGACGUAUUUCACCUGAAACAAAGCAACAGCUGCUUGAAAUAAUGCAUUUCCUUAUUAACAGCAUGGGGACUGCAUUACUUGGAAUUGAAUAUGAUGAACUUGGUGUCAGGCUUGAGUGUAAGCUAACAGGAUGGUAUGAUCUAGUUAAUAUCAUACAGCCUGUUUUUGAGGCAGAGAAAAAUAUUUCAGGAAAUUCAUCAUAUAACAGAGCUUUAUAUGUGUGUACUUUCAAUAAUGAAAGGUUUUUAUCAGUUUGUAGUUACGGAACACCUGUACAGACACUUUUAAAGUUCAUAUUAAGACUAACUAAGUUUCGUGAAAGUGAGGGAUACCAGAAGAUAGCUUGUAAUCUUUUAGCACCAUUUCUGUGUACAUCACUGGGAUCUGCCCUGGAAUCCAUCAGCUUUCAUCAAUACAACAGUAUAUCACAAGAAGCUCUCACUUGGAUGUCAUUAGGUUUGAACUCGGAUGUUUCAUCUAGUAGACUGAAACUAGCUUCCAUGUUCUACAGUAAUGGAGAUAAUCACAGAAAUGAAAUGAUUCUCAGAGACAUUGAAGACAAUUAUGACCUUAAUUUGGUUGAACCUAUUUGUGCAUGUUAUCUCCUCAUCAGACAAAAUAUAAAAGAUACAUUUAAUGAAACAGUAGCUGAUCAUGAUGAAGAAGCUAUGCAGUAUACUACAGCAUUCUGUGUCAGGUUCUUGCCCUGUGAAAUUAACUGUGUCCCACAAGAACUGAGACAUGAAAUGUUCAGAUCUACAGAAGAGGAUCUGACUUACAGAGGUGUAGAUGAUUUCUGGAUGGACUGGGCUGUGGUGGAUUCUCUGCCUUACCUCUACUUCCUACAAUACAAGACCUAUAGCUACCUCGGGAGACAUGACGAAACACAAGCUGCCCUCUCAUGUCUUAUCUAUACCAUUGACAAUGAAGUUAACCUUGGACAUCGGGAAACAGCCCUUAAUCUGCUAGGACAGUGUAUGGAGCAAAAAGGCCAACCUAUAGAUGCUUUACGUUGUUAUUUACUAUCUCUUAAACAACGAGAAAGAAACAAUGCUGCAAAAGUCCAUAUUUGUCGGCUUUUAUGCACAAUGAUAAACACCAACUAAAUAUGAUAUAUCUGACUGGUACUUCUCUAGUUUCAAAGACCAAACUAGACCAUGCUUAUUUGGUAAAAUAUAACAAACUGUUAUGAGUCAGCAGACUUACUGAGUUUACCAUAAUAGUGGGGCAGCUAAAGGUGUGACAGUGUUAAAUGAAUCAAGAGCACUGUCAAAAUACUUAGUUAUAGUAAUUAAAGUUUGAUUUUAAAUACUAUAUAAAACACUACAUACAUGUUUAUGAAAAGUAGGAAUGACAUACACUGCAAAGACAUUUUUGAUAUCUACUCAGCUAUAGUGAAAACAUAUCAAUAUAUAUUUUUGUGUAUUACAUUUACAAUUUUAACUUUCAAAUUAUGGACAAACACAUUGAUUUUACUUCUUCAACUGCUACAUAAUAAAUAUAUUUCAUCAAAGAAAAAACAAUA